GACGCUGACUGUGUUAAAGAAGAAGUGGGAGAACCCAGUGCGGGGAGCAGAGUCUCCCACAGACUCUCUGCGCAACAGCAGCACUGAGACUAGGCACAGAGUUGACCGUCCUCCUGCUGAAGUGACAAGCCACUCUGCUUCUGGAGCCAAAGCUGAUCAAGAGGAACAAAUCCACCCCAGACCUAGAUUCGGAUCACCUCCUGAAGCCCAAAUUCAAUAUCGGUAUCCCCUCAUUGAGGACAGUGAGAAGCUUAAAGACCACUCAACAGAAAGUAAAAAAAUGGAAAAUUGUCUGGGACAGUCCAGGCAUGAAAUAGAAAAAUCAGCAAACAGUGAAAACCCAGAAGCUUCAGGCAAAAUAGAGAAAUAUAAUGUUCCGUUGAACAGGCUUAAGAUGAUGUUUGAGAAAGGUGAACCAACUCAAACCAAGAUUCUUCGGGUCCAAAGCCGAAGUGCAGCUGAAAGAAGGAUCUCUGAAAACAGCUAUUCUCUGGAUGACUUGGAAAUAGGCCCAGGUCAGCUGUCAUCUUCUGCAUUCAACUCAGAGAGAAAUGAGAAUAGGCGAAAUCUGGAACUCCCACGCCUCUCAGAAACGUCCAUAAAGGAUCGAAUGGCCAAGUACCAGGCAGCUGUGUCCAAACAAAGCAGUUCAACCAACUAUACAAAUGAGUUGAAAGCCAGUGGUGGUGAAAUUAAAACUCAUAAAUUGGAGCAAAAGGAGAAUGUGCCUCCAGAUCCUGAGGUCUGCAUCUCCCAUCAGGAGGGAGAAAAGGUUUCUGCAACUGAGAAUAGCUUGGCAGUCCGUUCCACCCCUGUGGAAGAUGACUCUCGUAACUCUCAGGUUAAGAAUGAGGUCCAGCAGCCUGUACAUCCCAAGUCACUAAGUCCAGGUGCCAGAGCCUCCAGCCUUCCUGAAACUUCUCCUCCCAAAGCAGUGAAGAAAUUUCAGGCACCUGCAAGAGAGACCUGCGUGGAAUGUCAGAAGACAGUCUACCCGAUGGAACGUCUCUUGGCUAACCAGCAGGUGUUUCACAUCAGUUGCUUCCGUUGCUCUUAUUGCAACAACAAACUUAGCCUAGGAACAUAUGCAUCUUUACACGGGAGAAUCUAUUGUAAGCCUCACUUCAAUCAACUCUUUAAAUCUAAAGGCAACUAUGAUGAAGGCUUUGGGUACAGACCUCACAAGGAUCUGUGGGCAAGCAAAAGUGAAAAUGAAGAAACUCUGGAGAGACCAGUCCAGCUGCCAAAUGCAGGGGAGACCCCUGAGAGCCCAGGGGUAGAAGAUGCCCCCAUUGCUAAGGUGGGUGUGCUGACUGCAAGUAUGGAAGCCAAGGCCUCCUCUCAGCGGGAAAAGGAAGACAAACCCGCUGAAACCAAGAAGCUGAGGAUCGCCUGGCCACCCCCAACUGAAUUCGGUGGUUCAGGAAGUGCUUUGGAGGAAGGGAUCAAAGUGUCUAAGCCCAAAUGGCCUCCUGAGGAUGAAAUCAGCAAGCCUGAAGCCCCUGAGGACGUAGAUCUGGAUCUGAAGAAGCUAAGACGAUCUUCUUCUCUGAAGGAAAGAAGCCGCCCAUUCACUGUAGCAGCUUCAUUUCGAACCACUUCUGUCAAGAGCCCAAAAGCUUUGACCUCACCUAUCAGGAAAGGCUGGAGCAUGUCAGAGCAGAGCGAGGAGCUUGCUGGAGGAGUAGUUACAGAAAGGAAACAGCUGGAAAAUGCCAAGGGCUUCGAGAAGAAUGGAAGUGUGGGAGAAACAAUCUGGCAAAAUAAGGAAUCUAAAGGAGGGGAGGCAGGGAGAAGUAAGGAAGUUCAUAGUUUUGAGAUGGGGGGUGAGAAUCUUGUAGAAAAUGAUGCAAACUUAGAUGAAGAUGAUGGCAACUUCCUCAAACAGCAGUCUCCACUAGAACCCAAGUCUCCAAAUUGGUCCAGCUUGUUAGACAACACCUCCACUAAAGAGCUCACUACUCAGAAUCAGAAAUCCCAGGAUGUGGGAUUCUGGGAGGGAGAAGUAGUCAAAGAGCUGUCUGUAGAAGAACAGAUAAAGAGAAAUCGGUACUAUGAUGAGGAUGAGGAUGAAGAGUAACAGAUUGUAAUGAUGCUGGGGCCUUAAAUUAAUGUUAGUGUUAGUGAGCCACUGCCCUUUAUUAAAGUGGUGCACAUAAACAGGUGUUAGCAUGAACUGUAAUUUAUGUGGAAGUAACUUUGGAAAAGAGUUCCUGCCUCAAAAAAAAAACCCCAUACUGUAGCUUAAGUGAACCAGUUCUAAAUGCUAGAGAUAACUAUUCUUAAAUCCUCCCUCUUAGCAGUAAUGAUAAGCAUAAGUGCUUUAAGGUCUUUAUAAGUGGGAAAAUAUUCCAGCCGAUGCAGUCCAGGUUCGACUGUAUUCCCAAAAGGCAUUAAAGUAGAUAGAUGAUUAGUAGUACGUUGUUACACAACAAAUAGAAUUGUGGAAUUAGAGUACAUACAGAAGGGAUUUAGGGGCCUCAACAAGACUAAAUGCACUUUGGUAGAAAGGGCACAGUUUGUAUAUUUUUAGAUGAAUAUCAGUUUAAUGUUUUAGUAUUCGUUUGUUACGAGAUCAAAUAUUUAGUCUUUUUAAAAAAUUCAGUUUAAUUUUCCUAACUCUGAUAUAUAUGGGGAAUUUAUUGCUUUGCAUUCUGCUCUCUAAACUAUAUCCUGAACUGAAUUAUUGAGAUAUAAUACAGCCAUCUUUUCAGAGCACCUUUUGAGGCAAUUAAGAAGCAUCCCACAUGCUUUGGUGCUUGGAGAGAUCCACCAUCUCCCAAAUAAGCUAUGGUAUAUUGCCAAUGAGUUUGCCUAUACUCCAAGUGAUUGCUUUCUUUUCUGGUGGUAUCUGUGCUACUCCUAAUUUACUGAAAGCUACACUACUUCUGUAAGAUCUUUUGGAUCACUGUUCAUCAUGCUACAUAUUAGAGCAAAUUAAGGAGUUUACAGGAGGAAUAAUAGAAAGAACCGCCUUAAAUCACUUGAGCUCAGUCAGACCUUGUAUUCCACUUCUGAUGCCCCCUUUCUUAGACACUAAUUUUUAAAUACUUAUCAGCUCUGAAAUGUAUUGAUUUUUAUGGCAGAGUAUUCCCAGGGUGAAAUUAAACCAACUAUAGGCCUUUUUCUUGGAAUGGCUUUCUGGUUUUAAAGCUUUGGAACAUUUUAAACACGAGUACAUUUGUUGUACAUAAUUGAUAUUCCAAACUGUAUGUAUGGAAG